AGUGCAGAACCGCAGGCGCAGCGAAGUAGAACGCUCGAAGACAACGACGGCAACGACGCGGCGAAAAUUAUUGUGUGAAAAUUUAUUAAAUGAAAAUACAACGAGUCUCGACUGUGUGACAGUGAACAAAUUAAGUUGAACCAUCUCGUGCUCAAAAAGUGCUAAAUAAACAGUUCGACUGCUUACAAAAUUUAACGAGCUUAAAAAUACAUAAACUCCAAUAAUUGCGGUUAGCUGACAAGACAGUCAUCACGCACACACGAUUUACGAUUGGUUUGGUGACUGGUUAACAAGUCCACACCUAAGGAUUGGAUUUGCUCCGCUUGACUCGCGUGACAUGGAGUUGACAAAACAUUUGAGUUUAUUGGCGCUGGCUGUGUUCGCAGUGCUGGCGUUUUAUGGACACACAGUGGAUGCCUGUAUGUGCAUGCCCUCGCAUCCACAGACACAUUACUGCAAUGCUGAUUAUGUUGUGCAACUACGCGUUCUCCGCAAAUCGAACACCAUCGAGCCCGGCAAAACCAUUUACAAGGUGCACAUAAAGCGCACUUAUAAGGCCACUCCGGAGGCGCGCAAGAUGCUGCGCGAUGGGCGUCUGGCCACGCCCAGUACUGACUCCAUGUGCGGCAUUCAGCUGGACAUUGGCAAGGUCUAUAUCAUAGCCGGACGCAUGCCACAGCUAAAUCUGUGCGGCUACUACAAGGAAUACACGAAGAUGACAAUUAGCGAACGCCACGGUUUCAGUGGCGCCUACGGCCUGGCCUGUAACUGCACCAUCAAGCCAUGCUUUGGAAUGCAGUGCCUGAAGCAGCGUGAAUAUGCCGACGGUUGCAAGUGGUCGCCGUACGGCAAAUGCGAACGCGAUUUCUCUGCCUGCGUGCCGCACAAUAUCCGCACACGUAACGGUGAUAUUCAGCGCUGCCGCUGGAGGCGCACGCAGCUCUACAAAAAGUGCCUGAGCUACCCGUAAGCCAUUGGCAGAGCAAUGGCGUUGUAGUCUCGAGUAGAAUGGAUUGGCCGGAGUGGCUUUUGUUAUGCUACAGUUUCUCUAUUUUUUUAUAAUUUAAUACUUGAUUUUUGUGUAGAGCUUUAAUACGUAUGUUAUGCUUAAUGUGUUAUUUAUUAAUGGAUGGCUUUUUAGAUGCGACCACAAUUCAAUAAUGUAUGAUGUACUAUGUAGCUACUUAAUUAGUGAUUAGCUUUUAAUGUUUAAUACACUUACCAAAUCACGCGGAUUCGGGAAGAAUGUCUGCUCGAUCAGCGGGAAACCGUCGCGUCCCAGGCGACGCUGCAGUUGCAGCAGAUGAGAGAAGACCCACGGUUUGUCCUAUCCACAAGGAUUGCACCAUUUAAUAUGUCGUUUGUUAACAAAUAUUUGCGCUCAACUCACCUGAAACUGGUAAAUGGAAUGCAACGAAUUGAUGCUGGGCACUCCGCCGUACUUAAGGCCCAGUAUGGUCGACCGGAAAUCGCUAGAGCCAUCACGCGGCGGUUGCCGUAUCAAUACGAAAUCCGGACGAAAAGAACGGGCAACCUGUUUAUUGGUUUGUUUGUAUUUUUGAUUUGGUGUGUGAUAUUCCAAAAAUUACAUUAGAAUCAUAUAUAUCAAAAGCAGAAUUUAAUUUUGUAAAUUUAGUUGACUCUGAACUUAUAAGAUGCAAAUGUGAGAAAAUAAAUAAUGAAAAACCAGAAA